UCUCCACCCUUACCUUUUCCUGGUAGUUAAACUGGUCUUUAUGUGCCUCAGUCUGAAUCCAGCACUGAACACCGAGAAAUCUUCUAAAAACACCCGAAGUUGCGAAAAAACAAAUAACAUUGGCCUUGUUUGGAGCUGGCAUUCACCGACAUAAACAAGAUGGGCUGUAAGGUGCUGUGUCCCCGUGUUGCUCUCCUUGCUUAUCUUAUGAUCUGUGAACAUGUCCGAGCGGAAUGUACGCAGCCUUCUUUUGCAUCAAGAAAUGUCAUUUUAUCAGCAAACCAUCUCUCGACUCAAAUUUUCCUAGUUGGAUCCACUGUAACAUUUGAGUGCAUGAUUGGACACAAACCAGUUGACUUAAAAGCAUCUAGAUCAGUUACCUGUGAGGGAAACCAGUGGACAAGUCUGGAACUCAGUUGCACAAGAAAAUCCUGUGGAAGUCUUGCAGAUUUCCUUAAUGGGAGAUAUGAUAUGACUGGGAAUUUAUUUGGCGACACGGCUAAACCAGUUUGUGACAAAGGACACAUGUUAGCAGGUAAGGAAACAACAAGAACAUGCCGAGAUCAGGGAUGGGAUGGCCGAGAUCCUCUCUGUGAAUCGGUGAAAUGUUCAGCACCUCCAGCCAUAGAAAAUGGGCAACUUGAAGAUGAGCCUUUGGAGAGUUAUGAUUAUUUAGAAGCAGUCUCCUAUAGAUGUAACAAAGGACUUAAUCUUAUAGGACAAUCAACACUUCAUUGUUCUGAGGAUGGAACCUUUAAACCAGAUCCGCCUAAAUGUUUUGAUGGGUGUCCAACGCCUACAAUUCCUAAUGCAAAAAGAAUCGAUGGAAAAUCACCCCCCUACAAACUGGGUAACUUUAUAGUGUACAAAUGUGAAGAUGGCUAUAAACUGGAAGGAGUUGCUUCUAUUUCGUGUAGAGAAAAUGGAUGGAGCCCUGAACCACCACGAUGCAUUGCCCUACCUACAACUCCUGAGAUUUCCACACCAUCCAAGGCUCCUAAAGAGAAUGCCCUACCUACAACUCCUGAGAUUUCCACACCAUCCAAGGCUCCUAAAGAGAAUGGAGACACAACAACUACAAGUACACCAGCUCCAUGGGUUGUUGCACUGAUUGUGAUUGUUGUGAUUGUUUUGAUUGGUCUGGUUGUGGUUGGAGUGCUGUGUUACAAAAGGAAUCGGUAAGUUAUCUGCACUGUCUCAGUUGCUCCUUAUGUGAUUUCUAGGCUGUUGUUCUUAUACUCUGAUAUUGGGUAAUAAAUUAAUACUUUGCAUUCAGUGGUUGCAAAACAGGAGGAAGGUUUGGGUAAGAUUUCCACAUUUUCCAUGAGAAAUGGAGAUUCCUUUGAGGUGAAGGUUUAGUGUACCAGCUGUUUAGUCAUGCACAUGCUGACUGUUGGAUUGCAGCUCAAAGCAUGAGUAUUUUGAAAAGGUGAUGACUCUUCCUUGGUGUAGAACUAGACUACCCAUAAUCCUGCAGAGAACGCCAUCUUUCAAAGAAAUCUCUGCUCCCAUGAAUCAUUGCAAAUGACAUUGAGUCAGUAUCCCAAUUACCCCGCUCAAGCCGUGAUCCUAUUCACAGGGCUCCUGGCUGUGAAUACUGUAUGUAGACGUUCCCUUUUCCAAAAUUCGUAUUUUUGCAGAUAUAUCUGCAGACAUUUAUUUUUUGAUCAGUUGUAUCAUUUUUAGUUUUAGAUAUGUCGUUCACAAUGCUUCACAAGCAGUUCAUUCUAUCAUGAGCAUUUAAGUGCCCAUUUUUUAUUCUACUUUUUGCUUUAAAUCAAGAGAUUCAUCUUGGCUGUUUCAGCAGAGAAUGCUGAAAAAGUAGACUGCCACUUUUUUUGAGCAGGUAGUUAAAUAU